UUGCGAGUUGACUUGUUAUAUUGUAGUUUUGUAUAAAUCAUUUUAUAGUUUGUAAUACGUUUAUUCAUAAAUAUCGAUUUAAAGUAUAUAAUUAUGUUGUUUUAUUGAAGUAUGGGGAGCGAUAUUGAAAAGGGUGACUUUGGCGAUAGCGCUCGAAUCAACCAUUUUCACGAAUUUAGAUCUAGAGAAUCAAACCAUGUUUUUGACGGCGCUGGCGAAAAUAUCCAGCACUUCAGUGACUCGGAAUCUACUGUGUCCCGGAAGAGUAAAACUCGUUAUAUUAAUCCAGCAAUUUAUAUAGAAACUGUUGAGGCAUCGCAUUCGGUAACGUCACUUCAAAUAGAUGCGUCGUGUGUUGAUGACGUCACGCCACAUCCACACAGCACGUAUAGAAGCAGCUCUACUCCGUUUUUAACCGGCCGAAUAUCGAGUACCUCGUCUGUUAGCAUUAAAAGGAAAUCUUGUCGGCUAACACAAGAUGAGGAAGAGAACGAACAGACUCCGCGAUGCGAUCGUACAUAUCGAGAAGAAAAUGGUGCCGAUACCUUUAGAUUGUCUGUGGUCUCUCUUUCUACAACGACUACAGCCAAGGAAGAACGGCAGCGUAGUGAGAAGAAAAAGCAGGAAGCAUAUAAAAAAUGGCUAGAGAGAAAGGAACAAGAGAAACGCGAAAAGGCUCGUCAAGAGAAGCUUAAACGUCGCGUAGUACCAACCACAACAGCUGAGCAGCGAGAGGAAUCCUACAGAAGAUGGCUGGAAAGAAAGCGUAAACAGGUCGAGCAGCAGAAGGCGGAGGCGAUAAUGCGAAAAUAUCGGGAGAGUGAGAGACAGGAGCAGGAGAUGGCUCGCCGGCAACGGGAGAAAGAAGAGAAGCUGGCUGAAUGGGUUAAGAAGAAGGAAGAGGAAAUGAAAACAAUGAAGACAAAGGCAGAGCGUAACGCAGCGCGUGCUGCUAUCGAAGAGGAAAAGAAGCGCGUUGAAGGCAAGCGAGCAUAUCGCGACUGGCUGAGGACAAGCAAGAACAAACCCCUCCCCGUGCCAUUGAACCAGGGUGAACUAAGUAUGAGAGGUUCUGUAUCACAAAUGUACAUUAACCCAAUUCCCUGGCAAUCAUCUACAUAAAAAGAAGAUAUGUGUCGAUUCCAUAUUUUGUUAAGGUACUUUUUUUUGUCGACGUGCAUCUCCGAUUGCAAAAUCUCAUUCGAGACUGACGAUUGUAUAAAUUUAUUUUCGAGAUAUUUUACGCUUAUAAAUCGAUCUUAUAGUAUUUUUGCUUUAUUGUUUAGUUAAAAUAGAUAAAUAAAACAAUUGUUUAGUA